UGCGCACAAGCACUAUCUUUUCAGUCGUGCAAUUCAUAUAGAGCGCUUGAUAGUCUCCUUCUGCACCAGUGCGUGUAAAGGCAGACGACACUACGGUUUACGUUUAAUAUUCCGCUGAUAGUGAUAACGAUCUAUUCAUUCUCGUCAUUUUCGCUUUUCCUGCUCGCCAGAAGUAAAUUACACGCAUAACAACAAUCAUGAAGGUUAUCGUCGUUGGACUACUGUGCGCCAUCGCCAUCGCUGGUGCCAAUGGCUUGAAAUGUGGAUUCACGGUUGAUUCUCGUGAUUACAAUGCAUUCGCCAACAUGACCGCCGGUUGCACCGCGGCCACUCGGCAACAAGUUGAAGAAGAACUCAAAGCAUCCAUUCAAUACAUGGCUAUGGGCGCGCACUUCUUGCGUGAUUCCAUCAACCGUCCCGGUUUUGGUAAAAUGUUCAUGCACUCAGCCACUGAGGAGCGCGAGCAUGCAAUGAAACUCAUCUCUUAUCUCCUGAUGAGGGGUGAACUCACCAAGGAAGUCAGCACUCUCAUCAAACACAACUACCCACCAGCGAAACGCGAUUGGGAAGAUGGUCUCGCCGCUCUCAAGGAUGCAUUGGCACUCGAAGUUGAAGUUACCAACAAGAUCCGCAAGCUGAUCGAAGUCUGCGAGAAGAGCGACGAUGUCAACGACUACCAUCUUGUCGAUUACCUUACCGGCGAGUUCCUCGAAGAGCAGUACAAGGGCGAGCGCGAGCUGGCCGGCCGUAUUUCCACUCUCAACAAGAUGAAGUCCCAGCACGGCACUCUC